UUUCAAAAGACUACCACAGUAUAACCAUGCAGUCUCUCAGCGUAAUUUGUAGCGUCGCCAUUUGUGUCGUGGCUCUCGCCACCACCGGUGGCCAAGCGUAUCCUCAAGGAUUGCAACUGGCCGACGAGCAGGUUCGCUCGUAUGCCAAUACUCUAUUUGAUGAACUUCCGGAAGAGUCCUACCAAGCUGCCGGGGCAAACCUCCGACUGAAACGUGCCACCUGUGAUCUGCUGAGCGGAUUCGGUGUUCAGGACAGUGCCUGUGCCGCUCACUGUAUUGCCCGUGGCAACCGUGGAGGCUACUGCAGCUCGAAGAAGGUUUGCAUUUGCAGAAAGUAAACGCUCUUUUCCGGAUUUUCGUGACCAUUGUUUUGGAUUCCUUCUCAAUAAUAUGUUCCUACUAAAAUUAGAUAUAAAGUCAACUCUUCACAACUCGAUAUUGAGUCAUAGAACCAUAGUAAAAAUUAAUUUCAUGGUUACUGUGAUGGUGAUUUCCUGUUGGAAUGCUGCUCUAUAACUCGAUUGUCCCUUCAAUAUCUAGUGGU